GUCCUCCAUUCAUCAUUGAUCCACUGCAGGACUGUGUUUCAGGGGGUGUGAAUUAUGGGCCCCUGCUGUCACUGUGACUGCUCUGCGUUGGACAUUUCACCUCGCCACUGUAAAUUUAAAAAGGGGAUUACAUUCUGCUGACUACUGAUUUCAGAGCCGUAGCUUGACCAAGUGCAGACAACUGGCCGGUCCCCCUGACAGGAGACUUAAUACAGUCCGCAUUUGCAGGAUUUGGGAUUUUUUACAGGGGUGUCUGAGCAAGGCUGCCGGGAAGGAAAACGUAUUCGGGAUCAUAGAAAACCUCAAUAUUGCUGUUUACGCAUUCAGACUACGGACUCUUUCUCUCCAGAGGAAAAAAAAGCAAAACGUUUUGUAGUUGACUGGGCGUUUUGGACGCGCUCGGUAAACGGUGAUGCUACGGCGGCGCGCAAGAACCGUAGAGGGAAGAGACAGGUGAGGUGCGGCUGAGGAGCUGCUGUUAUUUCAGAGCGGCAUUGGAUACCGAGAGAGCCGUGCUAUCCAUCACCCUUUUCUCCACAGAGAGGAAGAAGAGCGACCGGAGAGGGCGAGUUGGCGACUGGCACCUGCCCCCGCCUCCCUACCUGGCCAUCUGGUGCGUGCAUGUGUGUUGCUGCCAUGGCGACCGUGGCUCCUCCCCUCACAUUUCUGCUCCUGCUGCUUCAACUGGCGGAUGGCUCAUUCCCAGAGGAACCCAGUCCACUCAGCUACGUCCCCGUAGAGGUUGUGCGGAGGUAUCCAGUGUUCUUGGGCAGAGCUCAUCGUUCAGCUCAGAGACAGGAGUUGCACAUCCAGACGGUCCUCCAAGUCAACCGCUCGCUCUACAUAGGAGCCAGAGAUGACCUGUACAGAGUGGAGCUGGAUAACAUGGCAGGUGAUGAGAUGUUCUACAGCAAGAAACGGACAUGGGAAUCCAAUAAAAACGACAUUCGAGUGUGCCGGAUGAAGGGCAAACACGAGGGAGAGUGCCGUAAUUUCAUCAAGGUCCUGCUCAGCCAGCAUGGUGGCCUUUUUGUAUGUGGAACAAACGCCUUCAACCCGCUGUGUGCCAACUACACUAGAGACACUUUAGAAAUGGUGGGAGAGCCUGUCAGUGGGAUGGCACGGUGCCCGUAUGAUCCACGACACGCCAACGUGGCUUUAUUUGCAGACGGCAGUCUCUUUACCGGCACUGUGACAGACUUCCUGGCCAUCGAUGCGGUGAUCUAUCGAAGCCUCGGCGACAGCCCCGCCCUGCGCACAGUCAAACACGACUCCAAAUGGUUCAGAGAGCCCUACUUUGUGAGCUCCAUGGAGUGGGGGCCUCAUAUCUAUUUCUUCUUCAGAGAGAUGGCCAUGGAGUUUCAUCAUCUAGAGAAGGUAAUGGUGUCCCGUGUUGCUCGUGUGUGUAAGGCAGACCUUGGUGGCUCUCAGCGCGUCCUCGAGAAACAGUGGACCACUUUUCUGAAGGCACGGCUCAACUGCUCCGUCCCGGGAGAUUCACACUUUUACUUCAACCUCCUGCACGCCACAAGCAACAUUAUCCACAUGCAGGGCCGAGACGUCAUCCUGGGUCUCUUCUCCACACCCCCAAACAGCAUCCCCGGCUCUGCUGUGUGUGUGUUUGACAUGCAGCAGCUCGCUCAUGUUUUUGAGGGACGCUUUAAAGAGCAGAAAUCCCCCGAGUCUAUUUGGACUCCUGUGCCGGACGAAGCAGUGCCUAAACCGAGACCAGGGGGAUGUGCAGUGCAGGGAUCCAGAUUUAGCUCCUCUACUACACUGCCGGAUGAGGUGCUGAACUUUGUGAAGACCCACCCACUGAUGGACGAGACCGUUCCUCUGCUGGGGCACAGACCCUGGGUGGUCAAGACUAUGGGACGGUACCAGCUGACUUCCAUGGUGGUGGACACUGAAGCUGGUCCCCAUAAGAACCGCACGGUCUUGUUCUUGGGCUCCACUCGAGGAACCAUCCUGAAGUUUCUAAUGAUUCCCAACGGAGACUCUGUCUCCCACGGCAGUGUGUUCCUGGAGGAGGUGGAAGGAUUCAACCCAGAGAAGUGUGGCGAGGACUCUCCUCAGGCUCGUCAGCUCUUGUCUCUGUCGUUGGACCGCUCCAGUCACACUCUGCUGCUGGCCUUCCCCUCCUGUCUCGUCCGAGUGCCCACAUCUCGCUGCCACCUGCACUCACGCUGCAUGAAGAGUUGUCUGGCCUCCAGGGAUCCUUACUGUGGUUGGACCAGAGGUAGCACCUGCUCCUUCCUGAGACCAGGCACACGGCUGCCUUUUCAACAAGAUGUGGAGUAUGGAAACACCACCUCCCAUCUAGGAGACUGUGAUGGAAUUCUACAGCAGAGUCUCCUGAUUGAACCCGAAAGCUUGGUCUCCCUCAACCUGCUUGUGGCGUCUGCAGUGUCAGCCUUCACCAUCGGGGCGGCACUCUCCGGCCUCGCCGUCUGCUGGAUCAUGGCCCACAAGCCCACCAACCGCCGCCACGGCAGCACCUCCCAGUCGUCUAUCCAACGGCGUGAAAGAGGCCUGCUGACUAAUGGCGGCAGCAUGGGAGGGUCUGUGCUCAGCGUGACACGGCAGGGAGGCGGGGAGCGCCCCUGCACUCAGGGCGGGGAAACCCUCUUCGUCAUGCCCAACGGCUGGGUGAAAUCUGGAGAGCUUGACCCAGGUUUCCUACCAACACCGGAGCACACGCCCCAGCAGAAACGCAGAGGCCUACGACUGUCUGACUCCAACUCUGGAGGGUGGGACACCAGCCAGACAUACCUGGGUGGAGGCUCUGUAGGGCUGGGCUCCCCCUGCCGCAUACCCCCCUCCGUCUACCUGACCACCAGACUCUUCCAGCAGGGCGGAGGCGGGAGACACGUCGGUGAGAGCCGGGGGAACGACACGCCACGCCAGCACUACGUCUGCCUGAGCAAGCAAGAAAAAGCAGUGAAGGGGACGCCCAAAGCCCCUCUCAGGAAGUCUGCAGGAGAAUAUGUAUACCCCAUGACCCCCCAGGACUCGCCUGAGCGUCGGAGGGUGGUCUCAGCACCCAGCGCCCCCAUGGAGUAUGGCGAGCCGCUGCCUUUGCGCUGGCCAGCCCCAGAAGGAUACAUCCUCAGCAGCCACGGCAUGGUCCCCGUCCCCAUGCCCCCACCCUCCAUGCCGGCUCCCAGUAACCAGGCUUACAUGUCUCAGCAACACACCCCCGGGCUGAGCAGGGCUCUUCUGAGAGGGGCCCUGGAGCGAGGUGAGCUGGGCGAGCUGGUGGAUCUCAGCCAGCUGAUGAGUAAGAAGAACUGCAGUGAUAGGACUCAGACUGGCCAGUGACUCUUGAGAAAAUGACAGGAGCUUUUCCAUGUCCACAGCUCUCUGUUUUAUUUACAUCUCUCUUUUUUCUCUCUUCCUCAUUCUGUCCAUUCCCCUCUCCUUUACAUUCUCUUUUCCCUACAUCUUUAUUUGUCAUUUAGCCCCUCUGUCAGUCUCUCAGGCAGCCCCCCCCCCCCCCCCUUUCACCCCAUGAUGAUGGGUCUCUCUUUAUGACUGGCUGCUGGGUCUGCCACUCAUAUCCUGGCUCACACUAAUUGGUCAGAUGGACUGAGGUUGUUGCUGUGUCUGCAUUGCAGAGUUGCCUCUCUCUCCUGAUACUCAGCGGCAGCAGGAAGAGGGAGGAGAGAGGAUGGAAGGAAAAGAAAGAAGGAAAAGAAAGAAGAACGGGGGCAGAGAUGACGGAGACAAAGACGGACAUGGCACUUAGAGGCUGCAGCGCCAGUCAAAUACUGCUACAGCAGUGGGAUGCUUUGUCACUCUUGUAUAACAUUAACAAGCCUGCCACCCAUCUGUUCUCCGCUAUAUUACCUGUUGGUAUGAUUGCCAACAAGGUACUUGAAGUGAAACAGCAAAAUCUGAAUGUCGUAAAAGUAUCUGAAGCUGCAGGCGACUCAUCAGACAAAAAAACUGAGUCAUUCUGACUAUAAACACAAAUCUAAUGGAUGCUGAGGAGACACAAAAUCCUUCUUUGUUUCUUUCUCUUUCUCCUCUCUGCUGCACAUAUACAGUACAUGCAUACAUGUUUUUGUACAGGUGACGGAGGGUAUUUAGUAUUCUGUGUGUACGAGAAGCACGACGUGUGUGCCAAAUGCCUCUAACCUGUCUCACGGGGAUAUGGGACCAUAACUCACGUCUUUGGAGAGCAGAGUGCAGGACUGAAAUGUCAGCACUAUUUCUGCCAAGCGCAUGCUCUCUGUAAUGACGGCAUCUGAGCCGACCAUCGCUCUCUUGGUUCGCCUCCUCACACUCCAUGUACUCUUUAAUGACCAAUAAUUCCACUUGGACGUCUGGGGAGAUUGCACCCGAACACUGGACGCACUUGUAUCAGAGGAAGGAAGGAGGGAAGAGAGGUGUUUUAGAGGAUUUAAAGUAGCUGCAAUAUAUGAACACCUUGUCCUUCACUGUCACCUUAGGGUUCUUACACACACACAGACACGCACACAUUCAUUAAUGCUGAAUUAUAGAACACAGUCCAAGUUUAUUGGGUAAAAUUUCCCCUUAAGCCCACAGUGGGUCAAGGUCCCACAGACGUGAUACAGAGCAAAGUGACAGUUACAGUGGUGAUGAUGGAAACCUCUGGCCUAACUCGAAGCCAAUAGGUGUAAUGGAAAUGUUCCCAGCAGGCAAAUGGGACUAUAUUUUCAGCCCAUCAAAGUGUCCGUUGCCAUGAAAUGGUUGGCGUUUAGAUCAACACAACAUGGUGAGAGUGUGUCAGCGUGGAGAUGGAAGUCAUAAAAAAAAGUGACAAGAUAAAGAAGACAGAAGCAAAAAGCAAGCAAGACUUGAUGAAAUAACUGUGGAAAAUAAUGAGAAUUUGUUAUAACUGACCAGAUGACUUGAUUUUCGCUCUCAGUCCCAGUCAGCCGCGAGCAAAUGGUUUGUGCUGACCUUGUGGUGAGCAGCAAUAUAUAUGGUUUAUCUGUACAUAGUAAACUUUAAUUUAGAUGAAAAUGAUAAUGUAAGACAAACAGUAACUCCAAAAAAAUGAUAUCAGGCUGUUGCUUGCAAAUAAAAAUAAACAUUUAUCAUGUCAUCAUGGAUGGAUUACUGAACAGGCCUACUGGGCACAGGCCUACACCAACCAAAUGUGAGUACAGAGACAACCACAAAGAGAUUCAAAAUCACUCAAAAGAGAACAAAACAACUACAAAUUGACAACGAAAUAAAUGUUUUCGGACAGGACAAACCUUUUCUUAGCUCUUGGUACUGGCCAUUUUAUUGUGUCUGCAUCACAAGAACUCAUAGUUCUUAGAGCGCCGUUUUGAGGGACUUUUUUUUUUUUUAGCUCCCUUUACUCCCCAGCAUAAAAGGAACUGUGAGUGAUGUAAGUGUAUGUUCAUUGGUUGAGAACAACCAACAUACAUACAUACAGCAUGCAUUACAUACUUUUGUACGCCAACCCGGAAGUUAGCAUCGCCAUUGGGUCUAUUGAAAAUUUGCCUAUGGGAUAUUUGAAUUGGAUUUUGGAUCAUUUCAGAAAAUAAGCUUGGUGGUAAACACACAUUUCUGAUGCUUAUGCUAGUUAAUGCAGCUGAUGAAGGUAAAAAGCUAACAUUAUCAUGCUAUAAACGACACCAUGGUCACAUGACCUUAACAUCAAAACGUUAGCUACAGACGCUCUUCAAUAAGCUAACCAGCGGUUUUGACAAGCUAGCGAAACCGUAGCCUAAUAAAUAGAUAAUUAAUCUAAUCUGUGAAAAACAGGACAAGGGGCUGUGAAGCGGACUCAUGAGAGAGUUCCCAUCCGUGUCCGGCGUGAAGACUUUAAAUGUCCCCAACAACCACUGUAGCCUCAUUUACAUACUUGUUACCAACCACCGUUUUAAGGACUCGUCAAAACGUAGAAAUUCACAAGUGGGGGUGUUUACUAACAUAUUUUAUGUCAUACAAUAUAAUGUGACCAUCUCUUGUGUUGCUUAUUUCAUGUUAGUGCCCCAGGACCAGGUGCUAACACGUGGCGCCCUAUAGACAGUGAGAAUAAAAACAGAAACAGAGCCAUUGAUGGUAUGUAGCUCUUAUGGGAGCUCCCCAGUGGGUUCCCAGAAUGAUUUGGUACGUAAACGCCUUUAGAGACACAAAAUGGCCACAUAGAGAUUUGAAAGAACUACAAAGAGAUACAAAACAAAAACAAAAAGAUACUACACAACUAUAAAGCCCUUUGUAGGAGAGGUGGUGGGGCCCUCUGCAUGUCUGUGCCCAGGAGACCUUAUCCACCCAUGCAUGUCAUUAUAGCUAUUAUUGUACGAGAAUCUGUUUUCAUAUCAACCCGCUUCAAGAUUGAAAUCACCAAGAUGCUAAAAACUACCAGUGUCUUUUUUUUUUUUUUUUUUUUACAUGUGUGCCAAAACCAUGAAUGAUUUACUGAUGCCUGAUUACUGAAGCAAAAAACUGAGAGAAACUUGUUUUAAAGUGCCAUGAAGACCAUUUCAGUCAGCAGUGCACCUCACAAACUGUGGUGUCACUUAUUGCAGUAUACUUGUGAUAUGUAUGCCUUUGACCUUUACAUGCUGAAUGUUAUAUAUUAUUUUUUUAUUUCUGUGUCGGCUUGUACUGUUUGUUUCAGCUCCCCGUCUGUCCGGAUGCUUCCUGCAGUUUUUGAGGGUCUGUUUAUAAACUACUAUCAUGUCACACUUAUAUACUGUAAAUAUGUAAGAAUGAAUACGGACACUUUCUCAUGCCCUUAAUGAUUAUACUGUAAUGACUCCACCGAUGCCAUGACAUGUGUUUACUCCAGGAUAGCCAAUAUGUAAUAAUAAUGAUUUAUGAGAAGUUCAUAAGCAAACCCUCAAAUGGACUGAAAUGCUGCGAGGGAUCGCUGUGUAUCUCAUUUUGUGUCAUAUAUGUCCUGAUGCUGGACUUUUCGUCUUGUUCUGUAGUCUUGUGAUUGUCCGUCUGUCUUCACCAACCAACUGCCAUACUGGAGGACCUUGAAAAUACUUGUCAACAUCGUGAGUGAAUGAAUGUACUCAUUCUGGUAACACUCUAUAUAAGGAGCCUUGUAAUAAGUGUUAGUCAAUAGGUAAUAAGACCAUUAAAGGUCCUUGAAAGAUGGUUAUUCACAUUAAUAUGUGUUAAAAGUCUGUGUAAGUAUUAAUAAUGGCAUCAUAAACAAUUCAUUGUUAAAUUAUAAGAAAUUUAUAAGCGGUUAUAAGAAUUUUGUUAACAUUUUAUAGACGAUAAGAUAGAUUAAUAAAAGCCUUAUGGGUUUCUUGUUUAUAAUAGCACUAUACACAUUUAUUUAGUUGAACUAACUUACCUUUUAUAUCAUAUGAAACUUUAUCGAAGAUGUUGCUUUAUUAAGAUUAAUACAUAAUUACCAGUUAAUUAUUGUUUUUUUUUAGCUACUGGAAGCAAGAACAAUGCCUUAUUAGGGUUAAUGAAUACUUUAUUAUGCACUUAACAGUUUUCCCAGCUCCCCCAUGUGGAAUGAGCACUAAAUUGCUGUCUAGGUUUAUAAAAUGUAAUAAAAAGACAUUUUAUUUAAAAAAACAAACAUACAAUUUUAAUGUUGCAAAAAAUGCACAGUUAACUGGUAAUAAAAUACAUAAUAAAGCAUGUAUUAAUUUAAUAAUGCAACAAAAACAGCUAAGAAAAGCUGACACAAUAAUAAUAAGUAUGUUAAAUAAACUCAAUUGUUGUGUUUGUAAUAUUUUUAACAACUACAGGAAACUCAUAAGGUUUUCAUUAACAUAUUUAAUCAGUCUAUAAACUGUUAACACAUUUAUUAUAAUUGCCUAUAAAUGUCUUAAAUUCCAAUAAUAAAUAUGUGUAUGAUGUCACUAUUAACACUUACUGUUUAUUGUCUUAUUAACACAUAUUAAUAAACAUCUUUUCAGGCCUCAUAAGGGCCUCAUUACCUAUUAACUAAUGUUAUUAUAAAGACCUUAAUAUAAAGCGUUACCCACAACCUUGUUCUUCUUUAUAGUCAUUAUACUGUGCAGUAAUAAGGAAAAGCACAACAACUUUUCUCUCUUUGUGUUGCAUUUUGAAAAGGAGCUGUUCUGUAUCAUUUGUGAAUAGUGUAAAUAAUCAACCUGAAGGUAUAGUGUAUCAGUUAUGGGGGGAUCGUUCAUGCUCUUCUGAGACAGGACUGUGUUUGAAGUGUGAGGUUUUUUUUUUCUUCGGUGACAAUGCUGUGAAUAAGAUGUAUGUACAGUAUUUACGUGACUUUGGCUGACUGCUGAGUUCAGCUGUUUCCUGUUAUUAGAGUAGAGUCGCAGGCCUGAUCUCAGCCAGAACUGAGCCUUCUCAUUUGACUGAUGCCUGCUGAGUUUUUUGCAGUUGCUAAGAUACUGCUGUUAUAAUAACCAUCGAUCUUUGGAGUACUGCUAUUAAAUGGCAUUAUAUAAUUGA